UCACGACUUUCUUCAUACGCCUGAAUGCUACAAACAGGUCUUUAUCACCUACAUUGCAGAGUCUUCGUGGUCUUGUUGACCUCACUCGCAGCAUAUACACGAUACUAGAAAUGAAUUGACAAUCAUAUCAUCAUUCGUGAUGUUAGUGAAGUUUGUUCUAGGCCUAUAUCGUUCGUCUUGGUCGAUUUUCAAAAUAUUUUGAUCCAUAAUGCCUUAUAUCAUCAUAACUAUUGUUGUUUCCGUCGUGGCUGUGAUUUUGAUUCUUAUCAGGGUGUACUUUAGAUUGAUUUGUGCUCGUUGCAGGAGUAAAGUGACUCUUUUGGGGAAGACGGCACUUGUAACAGGAGCGAGUUCUGGCAUCGGCUACCAAAUUGCAACAGAACUAGCAUCAAGAGGAUGUCGAGUUGUACUGGCGCAAAGAACUACUGAUGAAGUAAUGAAAGCUGAAUUGAUCAAAGAAACAAAAAAUCCGAAUAUAAUACUGGAAUAUGUUGACAUGUCUUCGUUUGAAUCUGUAAGAAAUUUGGUUGGAAGAAUGAAUGCAUCGCUGGACAAACUCGAUAUUCUGAUAAACAAUGCAGGAGUUGGAAACAGCUUGGACGCUCUAACGAAAGACGGAUUCACCUUUUUGUGGCAGAUCAACUAUUACAGCCCAUUUUUGCUGACAUAUCUACUCGUAGAUCUACUGAAGAAAUCAGAUUCAGGACGAAUUAUCUUCACUGGUUCGAUACUAGCUCAUCUCCACACUGUCUCAGCAAGAGACAUAGAAAAUAACAGGAUAAAGAGUAAAAUCAAGGUUUUCGACUAUGUCAACACGAAGUUUCUGACAAUACUUGCCGCAGAUUUUUUCGCAAUGAAACUGAUGAAAUUCAAUAUAACCAGUAAUUCCUACCAUCCUGGGAUUGUCAGCACACCUAUCUUCGAAAAAACAGCUCAGCAUUACAGGGGUAUAAUGGAUCGUUUAGCACUCAUCUUUGCUUUGAUCCUCAAGAUGUUUUCAAAGAAGACUGUGGAAGAAGGUGCUCAAACAGCUCUACAUCUAGCUAUCGCCAAUGAGGUUGCAAACGUGACUGGUGAAUUCUACGGGGAGAAUACGAAGAGUUGCAAGCCUCAUGGCGCCCACAAUGAAAUGCUGCGCGAGAGGGUUUGGAAAGCCACAGAAUUUUCCGUAGGCCUGAAGCCUGAAGAAAUUCUGGAAUAGAUGGGAAAAAUGAUAAGAACAUUAUCCUAGUGAAAAUAUUGACAAAUUGUGAUUUUGUUAUUUCCUUUCAAUUUCUGUUAUCGUAAUGAGAUGUUCAGGACUGUACAAAUAUUCGAUGACUCUGUGCCAGAGAAUAAUACCUAUAUGUUCAGAUAUUUGGAAGUAUGUACUAACCCAAGCUAGCUUACUAUCGCAUUUUUUUCCUCAGAGCAUUUUGAAUAGUUGAAUGAUCAUAGAAAUUUACAAUAUUUUGAAUCAUUUUGGAAUUCCAUAGUGAUUUCAUGAUUUAUAUAUCCA